AUGAAUCAAAUCAAACGAGAAUUACGUUUUAAUCGAUUUUAUUAUAAAACUAUAACAGUCGCGCGAGAUAAGGUCGAUACUGAUGUACAAACUACUUCAAUUGAAAAUCUAUCUAAUGAAAUGUUCUACGAAAUAUUCGAUUAUCUCGAUGGUUGUGACGUCUAUUAUGCAUUUUUAAAUCUUAAUGAACGUUUUCAACAACUUGUUAAAUCUUCAUCUUAUCUACUUAAAAUUAAAUUUCAUUUUAGACUGUCAAAAAAACAACAUAUGAAUAAAUGGAAACAAUUUAUACUUUUAAAUAAACAACAAAUAUUUUCGAUUUAUGUGUGUCUUCCAUUUCGUAUGAAUCAACUUUGUGCAGAGUUUACUAUCAACUCAACUUUUUCUCGUCUCGAAUCACUUGUUCUUCAGAAAAUUCAUUCAGACCAAAUUAUGUCACUUCUUAUUGAGUUACCUUGUCUACCACGUCUUUUUUCAUUAACUAUCGACUUAUCGGAUCAUUUAGAAGAUCUAACGAAUAUUUAUCGAAUCGUUUUCACAUUACCAUUGUUAAAAUAUUUCAAAUUCACAAAACGUUGCGGAGAUACAUCGACUUCAUUGUCACCACCUAUUCAUAAACAAUUUAGUACUAUUGAAUAUAUGGAUAUUCAUCAUUUUUGUACGUUCGAACAGCUUUCGAAUAUCAUAUCUUAUACACCCCAACUUCGUCGAUUGAAUCUUUUACAUACAUACAAAAUUGAUCCGAGUUAUGAAACCAUAUUACCUCUAACAUUAUCAAAUUUAACAUAUUUACGGAUAUGUAUUUCUUCUUUAUUCUUUGAUGAAUUUAAAAUAUUUAUUAGAAGAAUAGAUUCCAAAUUAAAAGUUUUAUGUGUUACUAUUGGUAUGAAUUGUGAAGAUAGUUCUUAUCGUGAUGAUGAUCAAUGGAAAGAAUUAAUUAUAAAAUAUUUACCUCACUUGGAAAAAUUUUCCUUAGAGUUAAAUGAAGAUACAGAUGAUUAUUAUUCACCUCCUGUAUGCAUAGACGAACCAAUUCAAUUCAAUUCACCAUUUUGGAUCGAGCGACAAAUGAGAGUUAACAUUACAAUCGAUUAUGAAUUUAACAAGUAUUUAAUUCAACCAUUGAAAAAACGAUGGUAUGAAGAUACACAAGAUAAAAUUAUUAAUUCUUUCACCGGACAUUCUCAAUCUAAUCGCUUAAUUCUCCAUGAUAUUCCUUAUAACAAAUCUUAUGAAGUACUAAUCGAUAAAAUCUAUCAUGUUUUAUUUAUUUCACAAAUUUAUCAUGUUGAAAUUCCCUAUGAUAAGAUUUUUAUUGGUUUAUUAAUUCAAAUACUUGGUGCAUUACCUCAACUCAUAUCACUAAAACUUCAUUCUUUAUCAAUAAAUAAACCAAGAAAAUUAUCUUCAAAAGAAAUUGAUAUUCUUUCUUCGAUAAAAAAUACAAGUCAAAUUAAAUAUGUUUAUUUGAGGAAAAUGAUUAAAAUUGAAGAUAUUGAUUUUCUUAUGAGACUUUGUUCUUCGAUGGUAUAUCUUAAAAUAGAUUAUGCAAAUAAGAUCAAUGUUGAAAUUUUUGUACGAAAUAUUUUGGAGAAAAUUGAUUGUAAAUUGACUGAACGUCUUCGUUUAUUGUGUUUUCAUAUUCCAACAGUUGAUGAUGAAAUGGUAAAAAAAUUUGAAAAAAUGAUUAAUUCGGAAAAAUUACUUGUUAAUUACACAAUUCAACGUGACUAUGAACAUAUUUAUUUACAAUGGAAAUGA